AUGGCGAGCGUCCAAGCGCCAUACGCACCUCAAAGCACGGAGGAGGUGGCUGCGAUGCUCCAAGGGCUCGAAAUAGGUCGCAAGAAUAGUAAGAAAGGCAACCUCUCCGUUAAGAAGACCACAUUUGAAGUGAGGGACUCUCCGUCUGGGAUCCAGGUCGAUUCCUGGCGAAUGCACGACUGGGAUUACAAACGCCGCGACCUCCCCACCUACGCAAGAGGACUCUUCACAACCAAAACGCGCAGCAAUCAACCCGAAAUUGCUGUACGAGGAUACGACAAAUUCUUCAAUGUUGGUGAAGUCAACGAGACCAAGUGGGACAACAUAUGUUCCCAGACCCGAGGCCCGUACGAGCUCACGCUCAAGGAAAAUGGCUGCAUCAUCUUUGUGGCGGGGUUGGAGGAUGACACUCUCAUCGUUUGCUCCAAACAUUCGACUGGGCAUCGUUCAGACGUAGGGCUCAGCCACGCCAGUGCUGGUGAGCGACGGAUCGAGGAGCAGCUUGCCGCCAUGGGCAAGACAAAAACCGACCUUGCCAGGGAGCUCAGACAAAGAAACGCAACAGCCGUCGCCGAGUUGUGCGAUGACAGCUUCGAGGAACAUAUCCUGGCCUAUGGUCCUGAUAAAGCAGGCCUAUACCUCCAUGGCGUCAAUCUCAACCUACCCGAGUUCGCAACGUACCCCAGUCCGGCAGUACAAGACUUUGCAGACCAAUGGGGCUUCCGAAAGGUGGAACUGACAACCAUGGCUGAUGUGAGUGAGGUGAAAGCUUUCCUGGAGGAGGUUGCGGAGACUGGCGCCCAUGAUGGACGUGAUGUCGAGGGUUUUGUGAUCAGGUGCAAGCGUUCUCACAGCCCAUCAGCGGCGCCAUAUCACGACUGGUUUUUCAAGUUCAAGUUUGAAGAGCCAUAUUUGAUGUAUCGACAGUGGCGAGAAUGCACGAAAGCGCUCAUUGCGGGCCGGACACCAAAGUUCAAGAAACACGCCAAGAUCACCGAAGAAUACUUACUUUAUGCACGCCAGCGUCUCGCCGCUGACAAGGAACUCGGGCGUCUAUACAAUCAGAAUCACGGAAUUAUUGCGCUUCGCGAUGAUUUCCUUGCUUUUAAGAAUCUCAAAGGCUCAGAUGCUGCCAAUUUGGAGCUAAGCUUCGAUUCGAACGACGAUGGCACAGCACCGAUGACAGAAGUGACAGGCGACGUCAUUUUGUGUCCUAUUGCCACAAUAGGCUGUGGGAAAACCACCAUCGCUCUGGCUCUGAACCACCUUUUCGGCUGGGGGCAUAUUCAGAACGACAAUAUCCAAGGCAAAGGCCGACCUAGCAGAUUCACCGCCGCGGUCCUUGACCAGUUGAAACAGCACCCAGUGGUAUUCGCUGAUCGAAACAACGCCGGCGCUCACGAGCGAAAGCAACUGAUCAAGGAUGUUAAAUUGCAGCAUCCCACGGCCAAACUUGUCUGCCUGCACUUCCUGCACACCGAGGAUACCAUUGAAGAUAUCAGACGUAUCACACAGGAGAGAAUUAUCAGCAGAGGGGACAAUCACCAGACAAUUCAUGCUGCAACCGAUGCCGACAAGUACAUCGGCGUGAUGAACAGUUUUGUUGCGCGGUUCGAAGCCUGCAAGCCGUUCUCUGCCCCUGACAAUGGGUUUGAUGUGAUUAUUAGCCUUGAUCCCACCUCCGAAAGUCGACACAACCUCGAAACUACCAUCGUGCAGCUCAACAAGUACUUUCCAAAUCUUGUCACCGGAGUACCCUUACCAGAACAACUGGAUGCGGCCCUAGAAUUUGCGCUCAGCUAUAAACCAGAUCUUAGACAUGACAUACCUGAUCGUGGGAAAAGAGAUCAAGGAGCUCAAUCGCAACAGCAACAACAACAAUCAGUCUCCAAGAAGAAGACAAAGUCUCUGGAGUACAUGGCAGUCAAUGUGAGCGCCAGCCGUGUCACCGAUUCCCUCGAUGAGGCUUUCUCGAAAACGGAUGCAAUCACAUCCCGUUUCAUGAAGCAACUCAAGCAAACACGACGUGUCCAACCAAGGUUUCACGUUACCUUGAUGCAUCGCGCUGCCUCAAAGGAGCGACCUGAGCUAUGGUUGCGUUAUAAGGAGAUGCAAGAGGAGAUGAACAAAGCUGGCAACCCGGAGGGCAAGCUCGGAGACUGUGAUGUUCUGCUAGAGAGGGUGAGUGCUCCGAAAUCGUCGUUUGAUAGCAUGUGGAGCUAA